AUGAGCCAACAACAAAAAGAAAAAGAAGAUGAGAAAGAACAUGCAAAUAAUCUCCUUGUCAAAAAUGUUUUUAUCGGAAAAAAUGGAACAAAUUACAAAAGUAUAAAUGUAGAAAAAAUGAGAAGAGAGAAUGAAUUAGAAAACUGUAUAGAAUUAAUAAAAAGGGAAGAUGAAAACACAAAAGAAGUAGAGAAUAAAAAGUACCAAAUACAAAAUAAUACCACUUUUUAUGUAAAGGAAAUAAAAGAUAAUGAAGAGAACGAUAACCGAGACAAUUUAUAUGAAACAAUAUCUCAGACAAAAAGUAAAUCAUUAAAGAAACAAAAUAUUAACGAGAGCGAACUUGUUGAAAGGUAUAACCAUAUUGAACAUUACAAUAUUAUGUCAAGCACAGAAACUGUAGUGUCUUCAAAUGAAACUAUUGAAGAUAUGUAUGAAACAAAUUAUUAUUAUUUCACACAGAGUAAUGCUACAAGGAAUGGAACAUCGAUUGUUUCUUCUGAUUCGCAAAAAAUAUUUGACUCUAACUUGAUUAUUCACAAAAAUGACAUUAAUUUAAAUUGUAAAGAUAUUAAAAUAAUAUCAAAAUCUCAUGAGAAAAACGUAGUACUUAAUUCAAAACAAGGUGUGCAACAAAACAAAUUAAAUGAUGAUGUAAGUCGAUGUAAAUGUAAAUGCAACACACUCAUGUUCAUGUCUAACAAUGCAUAUACAAAAGAUAGUAAAAACAUGGUCCCUAAACACAAAAAUGUAAUGAAUUUCAAUCCGUUAGUAUAUAUUACUAAUUCUAAAACUCAUCACCCUAAUAUUACCAAUAAUUGCAAUGAUGCUUUUUGCAGUUAUAAUAAUACUUCCCAUAGUUAUGAUAAUAUCAGUAAUGAUUACAAUACUGGGUUGCAUUAUAACCCGAUAUAUGUAUCACCUGAUAGGUAUAUUAACUGCUUAAAUAUAGUUAACAAAACGAAAAGCGAAUUAUACUAUAUAAAAAAAUAUACACCAGAAUAUGGUCAUUAUGGGAGAACGGCAUAUCUCACUAAUAAGUUAUAUUUAAAGGAAAAAUUCAAAAAGAAAUCUCAUAAUAAUAAUUUUUUCCCCUUUAAAAGAUACAAUCAAAUAAAUUACAAAAAUCGAAAAUUCAGUCCUAACUCCUUUCUUUUUAAGAAGUUAAGACAUCAUAACAAAAUUGAUCAUAUUGAUAGUUAUACGAAAAUAGAAAAUAGAAAAUAUAGAAACUUUUUAAAUAAUUUAAUUAUGUUUAGGCCUAGAAAAAAUAGAACCUACGAAAGAAAAAAUAGCAUUUGUAAAAGUAAAAGUUCGCGUAAGAAAAGCUUAUUUAUUAAUUUACUUAAAAAACUUAAAUUAGUAGGAUAUGCACUAUUUUUUUGUUUUUUUAUGAGUAACCAAAAUAAAUCAACAAAAGAAAAGCAAAAUUCUAACCAUUUUGGUAAUACAUCCUAUACAAAUUCAUCAUCCUUUAAAAAUUGUAAAAAGAAAAAUUAUUGCUCAAAGGAAUAA